ACGAGCUUAAAGGGACUAAAAGAUAACAGAGUCCCACAAACACAGAGAAAACAGCUAGAAAAAAAAAGUAGAGACAGUGUAAAUUGGGAUGAAAUAUGGAUAAAAACUCCCCAUCACCACCUUAAAGUCAGUGCGGUGUUUGGGAGGAAAAAGAAAAAGAGGAAAAGAAAGAAGCCCUCAGGUAACAGGUGGUAUUUCAUGUUUGUAAUGUAAUUUUUAAUUUUUUUUUUUUUUUUUUUUUAGCCUUUGGGGACGUUUUUUUUUUAAAAAAAAAACAGCGUUCUUUAGAAAUAAAAGGAGGAAUGCGCCUUUUUUGACAACAUGAAGCGCACAAAGAAAUACCGGAGGAGGCUGCUGUUCUUCUAAAAAAACUUUCCAAAUCUGAGCUGAUGUGACAGCAAAAAGCAAAAGAAAGUCGGUCCAGAGUGAAGUCAGAUGAAUGGACCACCACAGCAUGUUUCCCGGCCCGGCUGCAGGAGUGAACUCCAGCCUGAACCAGAGCGACGCUGCGCCGGAGGACGCGGCGGCCGGAGCCGCCUCCCUGCCCCCCGCGGGGUUCGUGCUGCUGUCCGUGGUGCUGGGCUUCAUCAUGACCUUCGGCUUCUUCAACAACCUGGUCGUGCUGCUGCUGUUCGUCCGCUUCAAGAAGCUGCGCACCCCGGUGAACAUGCUGCUGCUGAACAUCAGCGUGAGCGACAUGCUGGUGUGUCUGUUCGGAACCACGCUCAGCUUCGCCUCCAGCGUCCGAGGGAGGUGGCUGCUGGGCCGGGGAGGAUGCAACUGGUACGGCUUCAUCAACUCCUGCUUCGGUAUCGUGUCGCUGAUCUCGCUGGUGAUCCUCUCCUACGACCGCUACAGCACCCUGACCGUGUACAACAAGGGCGGCCUGGACUACCGUAAGCCCCUGCUGGCCGUGGGCGGCUCCUGGCUCUACUCCCUGUUCUGGACGGUGCCCCCCCUGCUGGGCUGGAGCAGCUACGGCGUGGAGGGGGCGGGAACCAGCUGCUCCGUGUCCUGGACCGCUAACACGCCCCAGUCGCACGCCUACAUCAUCUGCCUCUUCAUCUUCUGCCUGGGCCUGCCCGUCCUGGUGAUGAUCUACUGCUACAGCCGACUGCUCUGGGCCGUCAAACAGGUGGGGAAGAUCCGGAAGACGGCGGCCCGGCGGAGGGAGUACCACAUCCUGUUCAUGGUCCUGACCACGGCGGCCUGCUACAUGCUGUGCUGGAUGCCGUACGGCGUGGUGGCCAUGAUGGCCACGUUCGGGCCGCCCAACAUCAUCAGCCCGGUGGCCAGCGUGGUGCCGUCGCUGCUGGCCAAGAGCAGCACGGUCAUCAACCCCGUCAUCUACAUCCUCAUGAACAAACAGUUCUACAGGUGUUUCCUGAUCCUCUUCCACUGCCACCACUGGUCGUCGGAGAACGGCAACACGUCCAUGCCGUCCAAGACGACGGUCAUCCCCCUGAACCGCCGAGUCUACACCAACACGGUGGCCCAGAUCUCCAACAGCGUCACGCCGGCCGCCCAGCCGACCCUCGACGCCACCGCCUGACCCGGACAUCCCAGACACCCCGGACAUCCCGGACGAGCCCCCAAGGACAUCCCGGACAAGCCCCCAAAGAGGAACCGGCGUCGCUCCUGUCCGGCCACCCGGAGCGAGACUGCAGCCAGGACGUCGGCUUCGGUCCUUCUGAUGGAUUUGUGUAUUUAUUUAUAAAGACGGAAGCGCUCACAGAUGUGCAUGUGUCCAAUCGGAGCGCGACGUUCUCCCGGAUCUUAAACGUUGCAGCUAUGUGAUUGUUUUUUCCUCGUCUCUUCUGAAGACCCUCCCCCAGAUUUCGGAGCCCGUCUGCAGGGAUUCUCUCUUUCUCUCAUUCAUUUCGUCAGAGCAGAAAACAAACGAACAAUCUUUGAUGUGCAGCUUCAAGUGAAACCCGCCCGGCGGUGAACAUGGGAGCACUUGUUUCUUUCUGCAGAAUUGUUUAAAACGCCGAGCAGCUGCCGUCUCCUGGGCUCAUGGACCUGAUUAUUAUCCGGCUGCUCA